AAGGACAAGACAUUUUGGGAUCCUUCUGAUCUUCUCAUCAUAGUAGUGCACGAAGAAAGCGGAACACACAUCGCGUCUGACGCAAAGACACGAAUGAAAUCCCCCCCGAACAACCGCAACUUCACUGGCCUUCAUGGACAGUGAGCACGUGCACGCUUGUCUCUCGUUGCCAUAGCAACGGCUCGAAGCCCCGCUGCUGCGCAGGGAUUUUAUUGUGUGUUGAGUGCGUUGUUUUCCUCGCGAGCGCGCACGACGGGUUUUUUCGGACUUCGCCUCGCGCAGUCACGACACCCCCGCGCGCGACGACGCGCCGUCACACGCAGGCGUGAAAUGUGACGCGACGUCGCUCGCGACCGUCGCUCGCCGGGACCCUCCCUUCAGCCAGCCGUGCGUGUGCGUGUGCGCUGGUGACCGACGCGGCGGCAUCGUCAGUGGGCCGUGUUGUUAAACCGAUUCCCCGGCACCGAUCGAUACGCAACUCCAUCCGUGGUUUGCUUGUUUUUUUUAACUCAUUCAUUCUCCCUGCGGCGAUGUGAAGAUGGCGAGAGGGCUCCACAACUUGCUGUUAUUUCUCACCCGACUCGCGCUGCAAAUCCGAGUUUGCGGCUACUGGUCGCUGGUCUACGGCUACUGCGCGCUCUGCAGCGCCGUGUUCCUGCUCAAACUUUGCUGGAGCGUCGCCCUGAGGCCGACGGCCACCUUCCGAUGGACGGUGCGGGAAACUCCCCCGGCGUGUCUCAAUGACUCGUCCUUGGGAACCCACUGUUAUGUCAGGAUCAAGGAGUCGGGCCUCCGGUUCCACUAUGUUGCUGCUGGGGAGAGAGGAAAGCCGCUCAUGCUUUUUCUACACGGCUUCCCGGAGUUCUGGUUCUCCUGGCGCUACCAGCUGCGCGAGUUCAAGAACGAGUUCCGCGUGGUGGCCGUCGACAUGCGGGGCUACGGGGAGUCCGACCUGCCGCUCUCCCCCGAGAGCUACCGCUUCGACAGCCUGGUCACCGACGUCAAGGACAUCGUGGAGUACUUGGGAUACAACAGAUGUUGCCUUGUUGGCCACGACUGGGGAGGGACCAUAGCCUGGCUGUUUGCCAUUCACUACCCAGAGAUGGUGACGAAACUCAUCGUCCUGAACAGCCCCCAUCCUUCUGUGUUCACAGAUUAUGCGCUGCGUCACCCGAGCCAGCUGUUGAAAUCCAGCCAUUUCUUCUUCUUCCAGCUGCCCCGCUUCCCGGAGCUCAUGCUCUCCAUCAAUGAUUUCAAGGCUCUGAAGGCCUUGUUCACCAGCCGUAACACGGGGAUCGGGAGGAAAGGUCGAUGGCUCACUGCAGAGGACUUGGAGGCCUAUGUGCACGCGCUCUCACAGCCGGGAGCUCUGACCGGAGCCCUCAACUAUUUCAGGAAUGUCUUCAGCUCCCUCCCCCUGAGCCAGAAUCAGGUCAGGUCCCCGGUCCUGCUGCUGUGGGGCGAGCGGGACGCUUUCUUGGAGCAGGAAAUGGCGGAGGCAUGCCGCCUGUACAUCCGGAAUCACUUCCGCCUCAACAUCAUUUCUGGGGCCAGUCACUGGCUGCAGCAGGACCAGCCUGACAUUGUGAACACCCUCAUGUGGACCUUCCUCAAGGAGGGAGAGGGACGCAAAAGCUACAGGAACUAAAUCCUCAGCGAGGCUCCCAACUCCUCCCCCGCGCCCCCCCCCC